GAAGUAAAAUCAUCCAGCAUCCAAGAUGAAGGGAGGAGCGGUUCUCCUCAGCUUCGUCGCAGCUGCCUGUUUCUCUGCCGUUUCUGCUCAGCCUUCAGCUUCGGUCGAGGAAUUUGCAGACAUCUUUGUCCUGGUGGACAAUUCCUUACAAAAGUUAAACCAGUUCAAGAAUGACCUGAACAGAAUGAUCAGCCAGCUGGAUGUUGGACCCUCCAGCUAUCGUAUCGGUCUGGCCCUGUAUGGUCGAGAUGUUAAGGAGGAGUUCCGUCUGAACACUCAUAGAACCAUCAAACAGUACGAGAAAGCGGUAAAAAGCUUACGAACGAGGCCACCGCUGGGCUCAAACUCGGACCUGGCCAAGGCUUUGGAAUACGCAGCCGCUAACUUUUUCACCGCUGGAAAUGGGGGCCGUGCGAACCAAGGAGCUCGGCAGUUUUUGGUUGUUGCUCUUCAGCAAGACUUCAGCGAACGUGUGUUUGAGCUUGCAAAUACGCUCAGAUCUGAAGGAGUGACCAUUGUGGCGAUGAGUGAGAAUGUACCAAAGGAAAGAAUGCGAAGAUUUGCAGACCCAGGAUUUGAAUUUGAGAAUCUGAAAAUUACUGAGCUGAAGAAUACCUUCACUACCCAACAAGAGGAAAAAAUUGAGAGAGACAGCACAAGAUUCAGCUCUGCAGACAUCGUCUUCGUCAUCUGUGAGUCGGACGGAAUUGGGUCCAGCAACUUCCACUUGAUCCGUACUUUUGUGAAGUCGAUAAUCGGCAGCUUGAUUGUCCAUCAGAAAAAAGACAGAGUGGCCAUUAUUACCUACAGUGAUCGGCCCACGGUUCAUGCUCAUCUGAACAGCUUUCAGGACAGAACAGAAGCUCUGGAGUCGAUCAACCGUCUCCGUUUCCAGGGUGGUGGCACCCGAACUGGAGCUGCUCUGCGUCUCGCUCUGGAUUCAGUCUUCACCCUUGAUAAAGGCAGUAGGAAGGGCGUCCAGAAGUUUGCAGUAGUGAUCACAGAUGGUGGAUCCCAGGAUAGCGUGAGGGAAGCAGCAGUAGCGCUUCAACGGGCUGGAGUCCGAGUUUUUGCAAUUGGACCAAAAGUGAACUCAGCAGAGCUCUACGACUUGGCGUCUUACCCCAGCAUCAGGCAUGUUUUUGAGAUAGACGGUUUUGCGAAACUGAAAGCCCUGACAAACGUCAUGCAGAAGAGCCUUUUCCAUUCGAUCCUCCAGAGCUCCACCAACUCUUUCAAAAACAGCCAGGACGUCAUAGAAGCAUGCGCUCAGAAAGACGAAGCAGGAAUCUUCUUCCUCAUUGACGACUCAGACAGCAUUACUGAAAGAGACUUCGCUGACACAAAGAACUUCAUCGCUGGCUUCAUUAAAACAUUUCGUAUCAAACUCAAUAAUAUUCGCAUUGGGCUGGUCAAAUACUCUAACUCACAGACACUAGAAUUCUACCUGAGCAAAAAAUCCUCUGAUUCGGAUGUGAACAAGCUUCUGGAGAAGGUUACCCACCAAGGGGGAGGGAGGAGGACGGGUGGAGCCCUGGAUUCCAUAGACUCUCGUUUCCAGCUGAUAACGCCCGGCGUUCCAACCUACCUGAUCCUCGUCACCGCAGGACAGUCUGAGGAUGAUGUCAGAGAACCAGCAAGGAAACUCGGGGAGCAAGGCGUCACCGUCUUUGCUGUUGGUUUAAAGGAUUCAACCCAAGAUGAGCUGCAGGAGAUUUCCGGUGACUCAGAGCGGUCAUUUUACAUCAGGGAUUAUUAUUUGCUAAAGCAGAUCAAAGACAAUAUUCUAAGACCAAUCUGUGGUUCAGCAGGUGAGGAAAUCAGCAGAUAA